CUCCUCGUCUCUCACACACGCUUCCUGCGUCGCUCACUCUCAUCUCCAUCUGCACAGCAAUCUCCUCGGCACACUCACGCUCUGCUCGUGCCGUCUGCCUCGCUCCGUCGUGCACCUCCACUUCCUCGCCUGCCCGCGCCAGCCUGUCCAGAAGCCAGCACCGGCGCACACCGCCUCUCCGCCCACACCGAGCCCGCGUCUCUCUACGUGCGCCAGCAGGCCACAGACUCUUGGCUAGUCCUCUGCCUCAAAGGGGUAGCAGACCCGCGCCGCCAGGGGCACUGCCAGCAUGCAGCGCCUGCUCCGUCUUGUAGCGCUCGCCAGCGCCGCCUGCGCCGCGUCCAUCUCCACGCCGUCCUCCUCUCUCGACGCACCUCGUCGGCUCACCGCAGCCGAGCAGGCGGCGGGGUACAGCUACGCCUUCGAUGCCUCGCACGUCUGGCGCAGCGCGCCCGCGCAGCGCCUGAGCUACGCAGAGGGCCUGGGCAGCAUGGGCCGCAGGGACGGCUGGCUGGACCCGAGGCCGGGGAAUGGCAGCUUGCUGGAUCUGGUGGGCAACUCGAAGCGCGAGCCGAUCAACGCCAUCAUCUCUGCCAAGUCCGACCCGGCGGUGCUGACUGACGCUGGACUGCGCGACUACGUGCGAACGAUUGGCUUCUCCUUCGAGUGUCUCGACCUGCACAUGGGCGGCCUGCAGAGCGCCAACCUGGGCGACGGCAAUGGCUGGGUGCCCGAGCUCUUCGAGUAUCGGCAGGAGGCCUUCCCUGGCGCACCUGGGCGAUGGGUCGGCGCAUGCUGGGAGAGCCUGUAUGGCGGCAACCACUUCCGCGUGUGGAAGCAGAACGGCACGCUGGCCAACACGGGUGCCUGGUUCCUCGCCGUGUCGAAAGAGUACAAUCUGCGGCACCACCACAUGAUUGUGCCCGACGGCUACAACCUCGGGCGCAACCUGCUCGUCGAGGCCGCAGAGAAGGGCGGCAAGUGGAAGCAGUGGCACUGGAAGGCGCGCACCGAGUUUGUCGAGGGCCUGCUGGAGCCGGGAAAGGAGCCGCGCAUCAACCACAACAUCUCGCAGGACGGCCUCGUCGCCGUGCUCACCGUCGAGCGCUUCCUCGACGUUCCGGGACCCACGAGCGUGCGGUAUGAGCCGCCGUCUGGACCCGUGGCUGCACUCAAAGCAGCGCUGGGCGAUGGCGCCGCUUAUGCGCGAAGCAGGGCGAAGCAGAUCCGCCUUGGGAUGUGGUGAUCCCUGACGUCGUUGCCUUUGCGCUCUCUCGCAUACGAUUCUCCGCGUUGUCGUCACUUCAGACUCGAGCCACGUCAUCUCUAUCCUCUAGCUGUGCUCCUCAGCCCCCCGCGCGAUCUCCUGCUCCGUUCAAUGUAGAUUGUAUUUUGCUCAAGCUGCACCUGCCGCGCGGCGCUCUCUCAAGCACGAAUGGCAUCCUCGGCCACAAUGCCCUCCUUGGGCCAGUUC